AUGAAACUCCACGCUGCAGCUAUCCUCAUCAUCUUCUGGCUUGGCGUCUUCACUGUCCACACGGUGAAAGGGAGCGCUGGAAGUCAGCCCAUGCGCAAAUUCAGUUGUGUCAGUCUGUUUACACAGCAGCUGAACAUCCGACAGCUUGUCAGCUAUGAAAAGCAACAAGUUCCAGUAAAUGCCAUCAUGUUUAUCACCACAAAAGGUAUCAAGAUCUGCGUAAGCCCGGAUCAGAAAUGGGUGCAGGCUGCUAUGAAGAAAAUAGACCAAAAACGUGCCACCAAAGGCAGAUAA